CUACUGGAAACAGUAGAUUCACGGGGCAGAAUAACAGAGGAAACUCAGCACACAGGAGCACUCACUCUCCGCUCUGGAUAUUAUUGAACCGCAUACCGCUUUGAUGUGCAAUAUGACUUUUGAAGAAACCGGUGGAGAUAACUCUUCAGAAAGGAUGGAAUCGGUGGCUAAAGCAUUAGAGGAGGUCCUGAGCUCUGCAUUGCCUCAGGGUUGCAUCACUGUUGGAGUGUAUGAGGCAGCAAAGUCUCUAAAUGCUGACCCAGACAAUGUGGUGUUGUGUCUGCUGGCCACAGACGAUGAAGAGGAUGUGGCUCUUCAGAUCCACUUCACCUUGAUCCAGGCUUUCUGCUGCGAGAACGACAUCAACAUCCUGCGAGUGAGCAAUAUGAGGCGUCUGUCAGAAAUCCUGGGAGGAGUGAAACCUGGAGGGGAGCCCAUGGAUCUGCACUGCGUUCUAGUUACGAAUCCUCAGUCGUCGCUGUGGAAAGACCCUGCACUGAGCAAAGUGAACAGAUUCUGCAGAGAUAGCCGCUGCCUGGAUCAGUGGGUGCCUGUGAUCAACCUGCCUGACCGAUGAAACUGCUUGGAAUAUUAAUGUUUUGUGUGCAUUGGGGGAAAUGUAAUUGCACAAGGCCUGUGUUCAUGUCUGUGUUGGACUUCUCUGGAAAAGCCCCAGGAGGGAGUAAGAGAAGGGAGGGGCAGAAAAAGAACACAAGGAAGCGAAACGCUCCAACAUUUUACCAGGUCAGGGUGAACUCGUGGCCCAGGGAGGAGUGAGUCAGCACUCUGGGUGCCAGGAUUUCCAGUGUAUGACUGCACCUUUCUCUGCCGAGAAAGAAGCCUUUACAGGAAACUGAAUCAUGCGAGCAGACAGGAACACGCGGCGUGAGCACAAGCGCUGGACUUUUGGGGAAAAAAGCACACGGAGAGCUGACAGUUGUCAAGACUCCAAGAACUGGAUGGACCUUGCUGGAACAGACCAGUCAGAGCUCUCAGCUUCAAUUCCUCAUGAAAAUUAGACCAAAUCCAAGCAUUUCUGUAACAGCACAUUUAUUUAAAAGUAUUUAAGACUUGUCACUUUGAUAACUCAAAAGGGAAACUUUUCACAGUUUAUUAAUAUUUUAAUAUUUUAUGGGCAAUGCAGUUGUUAAGACUUGUCCAUUAACUGAUGUUUUUCCAUGUAAUUAAUUUAAAAAAAUAUAUUUAUUGUGCAUAGUUCAUAAAAGUCUGCCUUGUUAAGUUGAAUGAAAUAAACAACAAGGAACAGUU